AGGUAUAAAAAGCCCAUGCCUUUUCCCAUUUUAUGCGUCUGCCUCAAUAUUUUCAAAAAUACAAUUGCUCAUCUAUCUCCCUUCUUUCAGUAUUUUUUUCAGUUUAAAGGUAAACAUAGACAUUGGGUUGUUACAAGUUAAAGUAUCCUCUUCAGUAUUCUCUAGUUCAUUAAAAGGACCAAGGGAAUGCUGAAAGAUGUGCUUAAGAGCUAGUAAGUCUUUCUUUGAAAUUGAAGCACUAUUGGAGCUAUCCAAUAAACUUGAUGAGAUUGCACCAUUAUUUCCAACGUCGUCCACGUUCACUCAUCAAAUGCCAAACCCGACUAGAUUCUUUCACGGUCAAAUUGUAUCGUAUCACCAUCUUAGUGAAGAUGGUUGAGUUGUUCACUUAUUGAUAAAUAUUGUGUUGAAAAUAGCUAGUUUGAUUACUCGGGGUUUGUUGAAGUUGAGAUGGAGAGUAAGGGGAGUAGUAUACUAAUGGAAAGGUAUGAGUUAGGGAGAUUGUUAGGACAAGGUACUUUUGCUAAGGUCCAUCAUGCGAGAGACGUCAAGACUAGCAUGAAUGUGGCUAUUAAGAUCAUCGAUAAGGAGAAGAUUGUAAAAGUUGGGAUGAUUGAUCAAAUCAAAUGCGAGAUUUCAGCAAUGAAAUUGGUUAGGCAUUCUAAUAUUGUGCAGCUCUAUGAGGUGAUGGCCAGCAAAAAGAAGAUUUAUUGUGUAAUGGAAUAUGUCAAAGGAGGCGAGUUGUAUAACAAAGUGUCUAAAGGGAGGUUAAAGGAAGAUGUUGCAAGGAAGUUAUUUCAGCAAUUGAUUAAUGCUAUUGAUUUCUGUCAUAGUAGAGGUGUUUAUCACCGAGACCUAAAACCGGAGAAUCUAUUGCUUGAUGAAAAUGGGAAUCUAAAGAUUUCAGAUUUUGGAUUGAGUGCUCUUGCAGAAUCUAAAUGCCAAGACGGCUUACUGCAUACUAAAUGUGGGACACCAGCUUAUGUUGCACCAGAAGUGAUAAACAGGAGAGGCUAUGACGGUGCUAAAGCUGAUAUUUGGUCAUGUGGGGUGAUAUUAUAUGUCCUUUUGGCUGGAUAUCUUCCUUUCCAGGAUUCAAAUUUUAUGGAGAUGUACAGAAAGAUCGGUAAGGCUGAGUUCAAAAGCCCUAACUGGUUCCCUCCUGAUGCUCACAGGCUGAUAUCGAAAAUAUUAAAUCCAAAUCCUAGCACAAGAAUGUCCAUUUCUAAGAUAAUGGAGAAUUCUUGGUUCAAGAAAGGGUUGCAGCUGAAACCUAUAAAUGCUGAUACUGAAUUGAAGCCUGAAGAGGCAGCGAUUGAUGAUGCAGGUUUUGGUAUCGGUGAGAGUACCGACUCAAUAACAGAAGCAAAGCCAGAACUGGUCAAGCCUGCACACUUGAAUGCUUUUGAUAUAAUAUCUUUCUCAACAGGUGUUGACUUGUCUGGCUUGUUUGAAGAAAGAGAUAAAAAGAGGGAAGUUAUAUUUACAUCAAAGCAACCGGCGAAAACAAUCAUCUCAAAGCUAGAGGAUGUAGCUAGGCGUUUGACGUUGAAGGUGAUGAAAAAGGAUGGAGGACUAUUGAAGUUGGAAGGAUCUAAAGAAGGAAGAAAAGGGGUGUUGUCUAUUGAUGCAGAAAUCUUUGAGGUAACUCCAAAUUUUCACUUUGUUGAGAUGAAGAAAUCGAAUGGAGAUACGAUAGAGUACAAGAAGACAAUGAUAAAGGAUGUAAGACCAGCAUUGGAAGACAUUGUAUGGACUUGGCAAGGUGACGAGCCGCGGCCUCAGCAACUAGCAGAGGAAGAAAUUUUGCAGACUUAUCAGGGGUACUCAUUUGACACUAAUUCACCUCAGAAGAAUGCAUAAUAGAGAGAGAAGUAUAAAUCUGAUGUAACUUGAUCUUUUUCCAUUUUCUGUGCUAUUAAUGAUGUAUUUAUAUUUGAAUAAUAGAAUAUUAAGUCCACUCUAAUUUCUUUUAUGUUCUGGAUU